UUAUCAACUAAAAGUUGUUUACGUUUUGAUUUUUUUUACUCGUAGUCACACUCUCAAAGGUUGUCUUUACUUCUCGUAGCCAACAAAUGAUCUCAAAUCCACACCUCUCGUAGUCCAAUGUCUUCUCUGAUCACAAAACAAUGCGCUAAAAAUCCAGGUAUCCUCCGAAAAUCGGUCUCGUCACUGCUCCGGAAAAUGUCUCAGUACCUGGCUGUCUUCGACUACGAUCACACUGUUGUCGACAAGAACACCGAUUUAGUGGCACGAGACCUCAUCGACGCUUCCCUCAUUCCGGAUACGGUGAAAAAUUUGUACAAAAGCAGCGGAUGGAUCGAUUACAUGCAAGAAAUUUUCAAUUUACUCCACACGAACCACGUGACACGGGACCAAAUCGAAAAAGCCAUUCGCGAGAUACCCGAAACGCCGGGAAUGGUAAAAUGUUUUCAGGAAUUGCGACGCAACGCGUUCGAAGUGAUUGUUAUAAGCGACUCAAAUUCCGUUUUUAUCGAUACAUGGAACAAAAAUCGAAUUGCCGAGAGCAUUUGUGAUAUUUUUACGAAUCCUGCGAGAUUUGACGAUGCCGGGAAAUUACUAAUUCAGGGAUAUCAUCAUCAAACGGCAUGUACUUUAAGUUCGGAAAACUUGUGCAAAGGGCAAGUUAUGCAAGAAUUCAUUGAAAAACGAAAAAAUGAAGGAAUAACGUUUGAAUCUGUGUUUUAUGUUGGUGACGGAAGAAACGACAUUUGCCCCAUGCUCAGAUUAGGAAGUAAUGACUUUGCUUGUCCGCGAGUUGGAUACGCAUGCGAACGAGAAAUUGAACAAGUUGCACGAAAAGUCGGAAAAGAAAUUGAUUUUGAGAUUUAUCGAUGCUUGCUUUAA